CUCAAUUUUUGUUGCCUCAAUUUGAUUGUUUAAAUUACUCCUCAAAAUACACAACACAUACUUGAAAGUUUCUAUAGUAAAAUUAAUUAAGGAAAUAUGUUACGCAUUCCAGGAAUGCCCCUUUUGCCGGGCACACUUUUCCGCGAUGUAUCAAGAGGCCAUUACCCGAAACCACAAAGUUUGUUAAAUUUUCAAGGUCUUAGUAUGCUUAGUGACCGCCAGAAGUCUGCAUCCAGUGACACAAGCGGGGUUGCUGUAGACCUCAGCUGCCCACCGAUUGGUUCACCUUCGAUUUAUCCCCCACGGUCAGGACCUCGAAUGCCUCCAUGGAUAUCCUACGAUAAAAAAGUUUUGUGUUUCCAUGCAUUUUUCAAGCAAACACUUCAGGAACUUUACCACGCACCCUAUUUAGUUCGCAAAGUAAAAAUAUAUUACUAUCUCGAAGAUGGGACUGUGGAAAUUUUUGAACCACGUGUUGAUAACUCAGGCAUAGUACAAGGAUGUGUAGUGCAUCGUCAAAGAGUCAGAAAAGCACCGCCAUGUGAUAACGAGUUUAUGUCACUAAUUGACUUUAAUGUGAAUAUGACAGUUCAAAUAUUUGAUCGCCAGUACCAUAUUACUAAUUGUGACCAUUUCACUCGCGUUUUUUUAAACAAGCGAGGAAUAACUGUUCCCGAUCCAGUGGAAUCUCCAUGUGAUCCAACCGAAUUAGUACGAAACCGAGAUCAGGCACGAUCUGUAAGCAGUACAAAAAAAAAACAUCCGUUUGCUCAAUUUUUAAAAUAUGAUCGAAAAGUUUUAAAAUUUUUUGCUUAUUGGGAUGACCGAACAGAAUUUGGGGAUGUAAGAAAAUUAGAGCUUUGUUACUAUCUAGCUGAUGAUACCAUAGAAAUAAAAGAAGCACAUAUCCGGAAUUCCGGUCGCGAUGGUCCGACUGUUUUCCUAAAACGUGGCCGAUUAGUGCGAGAGUUUCAAGGACUAUUACUCCCAGGUCAGGUAACACCAAAAACACUCCUUAAUGUUUUGGGUACGAAUAUGCGUAACGUACGCUACUGCAUUGAUCCCCUUAAUACGGGAAAUAAGGAAAUUCAUUAUUAUAAUGAACGUGAUUUGCAAAUUGGAAGUGUAAUAAAUGUUUAUGGUCGAGCAGUGGUGAUAACUGACCUGGAUCCUUUCACUAGAAAGUAUUUUCAACAGCGAUUUGGUAUUCAAGACUUUACGCCAUUAGCAAUUCCAAACAGAUCUGACGAUUGCGCUGAUCAUAAGUCUACAGAACGUAUGUUACCUCCGUUUAAUGGAUGGGGAAGUUACGAGGAUUCAGUUGGAAAUUGCUUAUCUGUUGAGCCGAAGCCACCUAAGUCUGAUUUUAAAAAAUUCAUUAAAUUUGAUCGCUAUGUAUUACGGUUUGGAGCUAAGAUGUUAUCAACUAUUAAAGCUAAUUGCGAAAGAAUUUUUGUGAUAAGUUACUAUUUGUGCGACGAUACUUUGCAAAUUCAAGAGAUUGCAGUUCGGAAUUCAGGAUUUCUGGGCGGCGAAUUUAUGAAACGUAAAAGACUAGAACUACCGGGGCAAGAGAAGUUUUCCUGCAAACAACCACAGUACUACAUGCCAUGGAACUUUUUUAUUGGAUCUACUAUGGCCCUUAAAGAUUUUAUUUUUCAUAUAGUCUCCGCCGACGAAUAUACUUUAAUAUACAUGGAACAUCACCCGGAAGAAUUUUGUCAUGCAAAUGUAAUUGUUAUUAUGGAAAAAGUUAGAAGUUCCUUGAAGACACGAAUGGCAGAUUUCGUUGGGUCAUGUCUGCCAUCUUGCAAUGAGUUGGAUGAAAAAAUUGAUAUUUUUGUUUCAUUUGAAAGUUUUAAAGGAUCUUUAAUUAACAUAUUGGGUAAUAAAAUUAGCGAUCAUGAGAUAAUUACGCUAUGUCGUCAUUUUUCUGCGGAACAAACAUCACCAUAUAAAUGUACCAGAUCAAAUGUACGAGCAGCAGCUCACCUUGAACUGAAACGUUCUUUAUGGAAUGCACGGGAUGAUUUAAUGGAACAUUUUCAUCAUAUAAACCCAAAAAAUGUUCCAUUCUUGCCAGAAUCUAAAGUGCGAUCGACGCUUCGCGGUUGCCGACUACCAUUUUCAGCUGAGCUUAUUGAUAAUAUAUUAUCCAUUUUAAACAGAAACGAUUGCAACGACAUAGAGAUUUGUGACCUUAUGAACUUUUUGGAUGUUUCUUGUGGUAAGGGCUGUGACAUGCCUCCAGUGAACCACGCUUUCGAGCUGUGCCCAAAAGUUCCAUUUUUACACAAAGGUCGUUCCGUUAACUUUACAUGUUUCCUGCACUACUUGAAUCUGCCCCUUAACUUGCCAACUGGUAGUAAGGAUGACAGUAAUAAAAUAAACGACGUGCGGAUACUUCCACCAACAGUUACGUCAAACAACAACGAGAAAAGAGAUGAAGACCUUAACAAAGAUGAUAAGCCUACCCUUGUAUAAAAAAGAUACAAUUUCGGAAAAAUAUAAUCAAAUUAAGCCUGAGCACACUCGGGUCGCUGCGUAUUGCAUUCGUUUGUACUUUAUUUCAUCCAAGUAAAAUAAAUAUAAAACAUUUUUUUUUAA